UUGGAAUUGUUUCCAAUGAUUUCAAUGAUCUGAGGUUAUGAGUUUUUUUUCGUUCCCAUGAUUUUUAUGAUCGGGAAUUUUGAGGGAGGGAUUUUUAAUUCCUAGAUCAUGAGUUUUCAAUUUAUCCAAGUGCUGCUAUUUUUUUUUGUCGUGAUAUUCAAGUGAUAGAACGUCAACACCAGAUGUGUCAACGAGCAAAGCCGGAAACUUGUGGUUUGCAAUCCUGAAAGCCGUUAUUUGAGACGAAAAUCUGAAAGACGAUUGUGGUAUCAUGGGGUCGAUAGCUCUGGAGGAGUACGAGUUGAUGAAGGACUCGAAAUACCGAGUUUACGUAUCAUCAGUGGACAAAGCCCUGAAGAACUUCGAGUACACGAGUGAGUGGGCAGACUUGAUCUCCGCCUUGGGGAAGCUCAACAAAGUUCUCCUGAGUAAUUUGAAGUUCCCAGUAAUUCCUCGCCGAAUAAAAAUCUCAAAACGCCUGGCACAAUGUAUGCACCCAGCUCUGCCAUCAGGAGUUCACCUGAAAGCCCUGGAGACGUACGACGUGAUAUUCAAAUGCAUGGGAACAAAUCGUCUGUCCCACGAGCUCUUCAUCUACAGUGCAGGACUGUUUCCCCUGCUGGGUCACGCAGCAAUGAACGUCAGGCCAACUCUCCUGACAGUUUACGAGACUCAUUUCGUUCCCCUGGGUGAACGACUUCGUCCAGGUCUCUCUGGCUUUCUCUCAGGUGUUCUGCCAGGUUUAGAGGAGGGCUCAGACCACUUCGACCGCACCAAUUCCCUCCUGGAGAAGGUGUGCGAGGGGGUGAGCCCUCCGCACUUCUACGCCUGCCUCUGGGACUGUCUGGCAUCGAACUCUGGGAUUCGUUUGCCCGCCAUCUCCUUCGUUCUCUCACACUUCAACAAAAGGCUACCUAUGGAGGAUCAACUCUUCAUAAUGGGAACAAAUCCAGAUAUAAUGGUGUCAGCUCUGUGUGCAGGUGUUCAAGACAGUUCUGUUCUGGUGCAGAGAAGUGCCCUGGAUCUUCUCCUCAUCGGUUUCCCCGUUCACAGCAGUCAGCUGAGUCACCAGGACAUGGUGACACUCCUGACAUCUGCCCUUACGACAAUUCUACGAAGGGACAUGUCUCUCAAUCGAAGACUCUUCGCCUGGCUCCUAGGUACUGAAGUCAGCAAUUCAAUUCUCAAGAAGAAGCUGGAGCCUGAGGAGGCAGCAUCAGCAGCUUCAUACUUCGACACCUUCUCCAAGAAGCUCCUCAUCGAGGCGAUAAAGAAUACCCUGAAGACUGUCUGCGAUGAGCAGCCACUGGACCUCAAACCUUACAGAAUCCUCGUAUCACUCCUGGACAAGCCUGACAUUGGCCCAGUGAUUCUCGAUGAUAUUCUCUACGAGGUAUUCAGGACGUUCUCCAAUGCGUGCUCUCAAUCCCUGGAGAAGCCCCUGAAGUCUCAUGAAGUGGUUAAAUCAGCGAAUCUUCUGUUCUCGACACUGGAGCCCUCGUACGUUUGGGUGCACUGUGGACACCUCUUCGACAUGGCGUGUGACUCGAGACACAGGGGACGGCCCCCUGGGGUCGAUGAAGUGAAGGCAGUGGCCUCUGGAGCCCCGGGACUCCUGGAGGUCUGUCACCUCACGGAAUUCCUCCUGGAGACAGUCUCAGUUGAUGCCUUUAUUGACACACCCUCUGAGCACCUUCCAGAAAUGUUCCAUGGGAUCAUCAGCAAAUUGUCGUCUAGACUGCAGGUGCUGACACCCCAGGAGGUCGGGAGGAGUCUCUCCCUCUGCAGAAAGAUCCUCUCCAAAGUGCAGCCCAUCAUCACUCCGCCAUCAGAAAAAAUUGAGGAAGUCAAGCCCCAGGAGACACCCCCUCAAGACGCCCUGACGACGAUUCCCCUGGAGAAGAGUAACUCAGACUCGAAAUUAAAUAAACAGAAGACUCCCCCCUUUACUGAUCGCACCCCGAGCCCUCGGAGACGAGCGAAUUCCGGUGGAGUUCCCAAACGUGAGAAGAAAUCGAGGAAAAAGUCCAGCAAGAGUGUCUCAAAACUCAGUGAAAUGGGACCAGAGGAUGUGACGAAUAUAUCUGUGAUCAUCACCGACGAGUCCAAACAGAAGAGUCUGGACGAUUCAGUGAUAAAUUACGAGCAACUGCAGCCCAAGGAGACGACGAAUCCCCUUAAUUCCCCCAGAUCCCCAUCCCCAGGAUAUCACGCCCAGCACUCGAUGCUGGAAAAGUGUCUGAAGACAUUUCAACAGUUCUACGUAAAACUCGUGAGUGAGAGAAUCCUGGGGCCCGAACGAAAGGUCUCUGAGAUGUUCGAGGAGCUGAUAGUGUCAACCCCGAAGGACUACGACGAGAGGACACGCCACCUGGAGAUGAUCCUGUCGUCAAGACUUGCUGAAGAGAACGAGGACGUUAUCUACGAGGGGUUGUCCCUUCUGGACAUCGAGGAGGACAAGAAAUUCGAUUAUUAUUUGAGUUCAGUGGACCAGGACAGCUGGGAGGACAUCCUGAGGACCUCUUCAUCACUUCUUGUGGAACUCUCGACGUUCCCCACGUCCUACGAACCCGGGGACGAUCCGCUCGAGGAGAACGAACCCAUGGGCAACCUUCCAGGGUGGCUGCAGGUGCUGACCGUGUGCUCUUGCUGGCUGGGGAGACAGCCCUCCCUCCAGCUCAUCAGUAUUUCAACUCUUCUGGAUCUGAUGGCUUUGUCUGCAGCCCAGGGUGAGCUCUCCAGCCCAUCAACGUCUGGGGAGGGCGUCACAACGGUUAUAAUGCUGCCACUCCUCAAGAAAUGGCACAUCUCUUAUCUCACGAAUUACACAAACGUCUUUCAGGCGCUUGCCCACUCCCUCUGGCAUCACCUGGGAGAGCUCCCAGCUCACAAGUACAGGCUAAGGUGUGUGGAGCUCCUCCACGAGCUCCACAACUCCAUUCACCAGAGCUGCGACGCUGUGGAGGACGUCAUCGGGGCUGCUCUGACGUUUAACACCCAGGAGAGGAGAAUUGAGGCCUUCAAGAGGUUCUCUACUCUCUGGCAUCUGGGUAGAGAAGUGGAGAACAACUCUCGACUCAGGAGAUCCCCCAAGAGCUUCGACAAGAGCCUCCUGAAGAUGCUGGAUAAUCUACAGCUUUCUGACAACUCCCCACUGAAGCUUCACGCCCAGUCGUGGCUCCUCCACUCUCUGGUGAGAGGUGACAUCGCCAGAGUUGUUGAUCCUGUCCUCAUGAUGCUCCUUGAUCCCUCCACCUCCAGGAUGAGUGUCCUACACGUCAGCAUCCAGCACAGCAAUACUGUCUUCACGAAGAAUGACGUUGAGGAAAAGUCAGAGGUGCAGGACGAGUCUGAAGGGGCCGCCAAGAUCUACGCCAUCAGCUCUGUCGAUGGAAAUGUCAUUUAUCACGUCUCAGACUCUAAUGAGGACGACAAGAAGAGCAAGAGGAGGAGAAAAAAGGGAAUUAAUCCUGUCAAAGUCAAGAGGAUCUUCGCAGUGACGACCCUGGCGAAUACCGAUAAAGGAAACCAAUACGUCACCGAGAGAAAUCAGUUCAUGAAGGAGCUGGAGGUGCCUCCCAGCAUCUCUGAGAAUAAAAACAUCUCGGUUUUUGUCAAUCCCUUGUCUGUCAAUUGUAACACUAAUUCCUUGGAUUCUUUGAACGAGGAAGAGGUGAAGAGAGCUGCGAUUCCUGUGGAGUUGCUGAAGAAUGCCACAAGGUUCAAGAAACCGUUGGACAACAGGUCAUCUGGGAGCUUCGACGAGAGCCUCUUCGAGACACCUGGAUCUAGCUCCAAAAGGGACAAGGGAAAUCUCAAGAAGGUGAGCAAAGAGUUGGGAUCGUCUUUGGAUUCGAUAUCCAAUAGUCUAGAGUCGAACAGCGCUGACAGUGGAAAGCAGAGGAGGCGAGAGCCUCUGGCGAUUCUCUCAGGAAGUGCCAGGGAAGUCGCUGGAACUCUCCUCAAAGGAAAAUACUUGAGCACCAACGAAUUCUCAACCAACUACGACCUCUACGACUCCUACGAGAACAAUAUUGGUGUGCCCAGUUGGACGAUGGGAGACGAGGACGGUGAACUUGACCUCAGCACCACUGCCGAGGAGUACUUUUCAAACUCCAGUGGUAUCAGCGUCGUGGAGGAGGUCCUCAACGAGGUAGUCGACAAAGUAAUGGAGAUGUGUGAGUACAUAGAGCCCACUAAAGCCUCCGACGAGUCAGUCCAGCUGGACAACGGGCUGCGCCGUGCCUCUGGAGUUGGUGUUCACAAUCUCCACUCCCACAUGCUCCUGUACUGCGGUGUCUACGACUCCACGAGGACUUUAUACGCCCUGAGAACCCUCAGAAGUGAAUUGAUAACGAAUACAAGAAUGUUUCUAUUCGCAUCAGCCACCACAGGCAUCUCCAACGCCUCCAAGACGACGCCCCUGUUAUCACUCCUGGCCAGGCAUCGAAAGAGCGUCUUGGGGAGAGGAUUUUAUGGGGACAUAGCCAGUACGAAAUUCUUGGCGACAUACAGAAGCUCGAUGUACCUGGAGGUCUUGAUAAUCGUGUGUCUGUAUCUGAUCAGAAGCUAUUAUCCAAACCUGGGGCAGAUGCGGCUUACCCACGAGGAAAUAGCUGGCAAUCGUCAGGUCCAACUUGCAAGUGCUGAACUCCUCACCCUGAUCUUCUCAGAACUAAUCUCCAUAGUUCGUGAAUCAGGAAAGGGUUUCAGUUGUUACAUAAUAGAUCUCCUAACAAAAUGCAAAGUCCAGAAAAUAGCUCUGCAUUGCCUGGUCUCCUCCGUCCUGAACAUGAAGAACGUCCAGAAGGAUACGGACGAGUUAUUCACCUUCACCGAGGAGAUCGUCACGUUCAACGAUCCCACCUCAGACACUGACAUCGCUAAAUGUAAAUUCAGGAGUUCAGAUCACACAGAGGCAUUUCAGAUUCAGCUGCUGCGUCUGGUCCUCAGUCUGACGAUGCUGGAGUACCAGUGUACAGCCCAGAAGGGUGACGACGUGCCCCAGACCCCGCAGGCACCCUCCACCCCCACAAAAUCCGUUCCAAAUCUGUCCGGAAGUUCCCUGGAGUAUAUUCCAGGUGCACCAAUACCCCAACAGCCCAUGUUCCUGGCUAGUAUCCUCAGUGCACUCCAGCUGGAUCAUAUGAGACACCUCCACCAGCACUGGACCAACUCAGUCACCUCCAGUCUACCCUACAUGGGUGCCUCCCUGACACAAGUGGUGACAUCAGUUAUUCACCAAUUAUGCUGCAAUAUUGAGCAGUUGGCAUCGUACUACGUGCCCCAGGAGGGCCUGGGAUUAAUCAAUGACCUGAGCUCUGUUGAGUGCUGUCUACCGGCUGACUACACAGUCACUCACCUUGAGGCCCUGACUUUUCUCCUCCAGUACUGCCUUCUGGACAGCUCCCAACAGAUCAGUUUCUCCUUCAAUCCACCGUUCAGUGGUGCCCUCCAGGCUGGGGUUCCUGGUGCCAAUCCCAGUCAGAUAUUCAAUAAUCUCAUUCACGUGUUUACACCAACACCUGUGGGUAAUGAGUCCAAUGUCAAGGAUAAACCCAGUGAGCAGCAUCUCCACGCCAGGAGAACAGCUCUGAGUCAUCUCCCCAGGAUAAUAGCGUCUUUAGCUGCCCUGUGGCAGGCAGUCCUGGCUACGAAGGACAAUGAACAGGCGAGUUGCGUUGUGGGGAGCCCCCGGGUCGUUAAGCAUCAACUUCUGGAGCUGUUGUCUCCCAUUUCCUUUCAUCAUGGGGUGAAUUUUCUCGCUGCAAUUGCUGUAGCUUGGCACGAGAGGAGAGGAUCCCCCAGUGGAAAGAGAGUACUCCCUGAAGCCUGUGCUAAUCAACAGGUGAUGGUCGACCUGGUGAGUGCCAUCAGGGUCAUGCCCAUUGAUACCCUAGUGCAAACAGUCAAUCAGGUGAUAAAAACACCACCACCGAUUCACGGUGUCAAGCAGGAUUUCUCUCUAGAGGUGUCAGUCCUGGAGUUGCUGUACGUCUACAUGCAGAGUAAUUCCAAUCAGUCGUUGGUUGAGUCCUGGGGAUCACUUCUGGGUCUACUAAAAGACGGUUUAUCCCUCACAGCACCAGCACAGUUUCUACUCCUGGCCAUUCUCAAUGAGUACAUCCAGAAGUGUCCACCGAUGCACGAGAAGAAGGACAUCAGGGAGCUCCAGGAUAUAUCAGCUAAACUCGUUGAGUCCUGCUCGCAAAUCGCUGGCGCCUGUCUCGAGCAGACGACCUGGUUGAGGAGAAAUUUAGCUGUCAGAGAGGACGUCGAUGAGGGAAAUAACGAGAGCCUUCCUGGUACACCGAAUUCUGCAUUCAGCGUUCAGGCACAGGGGGUCUUAGCUGAAAUCCUGGCACCUCUUCUCGACGUAAGUUAUGGAUCCCAGGAGAAGGAGAGAGUUGUCACACUGCUGACGAAUCUCAUGUACAACGUGACUCCUUAUUUGAAAAAUCACACUGUCAAGAAUAUCUCCUCCUUCAUCGCCUGCUCCCAGCUGCUGAGCUCACUCUCAGGUUAUCAGUACACGAGAAAAGCCUGGAGAAAGGAUGUCCUCGAUCUUCUCCUGGAUCCUGCAUUCUUCCAGAUGACAGCUGCAUGUCUGCCCUAUUGGAGAACAAUUAUCGAUAAUCUCAUGACACACGACAACACGACGUUCAGGGAUCUCAUGAAUCGUGUGUCGAUUGCCCAGGGUGGUGGCAUCAGUAUAUUCUCCUCCAAGGAGCAGGAGUACGAGCAAAGGGCCCAGCUCCUCAAGAGACUUGCUUUUGUCAUUCUCUGCAGUGAGACUGAUCAAUAUCACAAGUACAUGCCUGACAUUCAGGAGAGACUCGCUGACAGUCUGAGACUUCCCCAGGUCGUACCAUCCAUUCAGGCACAGGUUUUUCUGUGCUUCAGAGUUCUCCUCCUGAGGAUGUCACCGUCACACGCCACUUCCCUCUGGCCCGUCAUCGUCAGUGAACUCGUUCAGGUUUUUCUUCACAUCGAGGAACAGCUCAACACUGACACCGAGGAGUUCAGCUCUCAUAUUAAAUUGCUGUCUGCGCUGGACUCUUCCUGGGCUGUCAAUGCCAAUAAUGGUCUCCAGGCACAUGGACAUCCUCACUGGCUACAGCUGCAGUUGGCAGCUGCCAAACUGCUGGAUCUGGCUCUCCUGCUGCCAGCUCAUAAGCUGCCACAAUUCCAGAUGUAUCGAUGGGCCUUCGUGGGUGAUGCAGCUGUCGGAGGACCCGAGAACAAUAAUCUAUCGUCAGAUUUCGUCCCGCAUAUUACGAGAAUCGCAAAACUCAUGGAUCUGAAGUUCAAGGAGAGUCCUCCAGUACAGGUGACCCCAGGCGAAUUGAUCCUCACGUCUAAUCGCAUUCGUUCCCUUCAAGAUCUUCACAAUUUCUUCUCGACUUUGAGCUGCAGAUCGAAUGACUCGGACGCACCUCUCAAUAUUACUCAACUGGAAACUGUCAUCGAGCAGGACUUCCUGGAGAUGAUGCCGACAGUUCCAGCUAGAUAAUAGGGGAGAAUAAACGAUCGUACAUUUGUAUAAACAAUCUCGACGACAUGCUGGUAAUGUCCUCUCGCUAUUAAUUGAUAAUCGAUAAUUAUUUUGUCACGGGAUUGAAUUGAGAGGGAAUCGUUGGUUUGUAUUUAAAUACUGAUAGUGCCAUCGGAUUUUUUUUUUGCUACUCUCGUAUCUGGCACUCGUAUUUAUUCGUAAUUAUUAUUAGUUGUAAGUUAGUCAGGAAAAAUCGUUUAGUGGAAUUAUGUAAAGCUUCCCACUCGUCUCCUCAUUCGGUUGUGAAUAGGUAUUUGGAUGAUCCAUCGGGGAUAUCGUCCGGUUGGUUAUGGUGGGGAGUUUUCGCAUGUGGGAAUAAAAUCAAUUUAUCGAUUCUUAAAGGUCUAUUCAUAUUUUUGCUAUUGGAAUUUAAAUAAUAUCUCGGGGUGUGUGUCGGUAUGGGAUUUAUCGCGGAAACUAUCGAUUUCUUGAGGAAUUACUAGAGGACUUUUUUGGAGGUCAUUGAAUUCUGAAAAAAAAAGGUCUCUUCAUAUUUUCUCCUAAAAUCAAUAGUUUUAGGUUUUUUAAUUAAAGAGCGAUGGGGUAAAGGGUGACGAGGCAAUUAACUUUAAAUCCUUGCUGAGUUUUUGGGAAAUAUCUCGCGAUUUGAAUGAGAUCGCGCCAUUUUUCAUAGGACCUUUUUUAGAGAACGUAAUGAGAGCUGGAGAAAAGGUCCUGACGAAAAUCUGGUAUCUGCCUCAGAUCCAGAGAUAGUUUAUAAAAACUUCCGGUAUUCUUGUUGUAGUUUACCUCUUGGCGAGGGAAUUUUCCCAUAAUUUUUUUCUCAUCGUGCGAAUUUUCCUCGAUAGAAUAAAGUAAAUAUAAAACAGGAGUAUCCAUAUAACAAUCGAUACAUAAUAAUCAUCGUCAAUAAUGUAUAACAUUUUGUAUACAUGUGCACCUGUCAAUUCAUGUAAAUGAACGUCUGUUAUCUUUUGUUUUGAUAAUGUAAUUUUUUAUGGACAUUGGAGAUUGUAAUCGAAGGAUGAUUGAUUAUUUUUCUACACGUGAGUCAGUGAAAUGAUGGAAUAUUCGAGGCGCAUAUCUAAUUUUUAGAUAAUUAAUUUAUUAAUUGCACGUCGAAGUGGUCAACUGUGAUUAAUUAAGGAAAAUGUUUUUCCACUUCGAUGGAGAAUUCUUUUAGUCAAUUAUAAAUCAACAUCCUCACACUGUCUUGCCCCAAUUGAAGACUGAGGGGUUGGAUCUAUCGCAAAAAUUAAUUUUACACCUGCGUUAUAACCUGUUGCUGAUAAGAAUAAUUUAAUAUUAAUUGCGAUCCUGUGCAAGAGUCUGUAAAUUAUCUGACGCUUCCUCUGUAUGAAAUUAAUUAAGUAGAAUUGAUUUAUUGUAAUGAAUACGUGGAGAAAACGAAAAGUGCAUUAAUAUAAAAAUUAUUUAGUCUAAUGGAUCAAUCUCGUAUGAACUAAUGGAGAGAAUAAAGAAGAAAAUUGGA